AUGAUGAACAUUGCUGUUCUCAUCGUUGCUGUCGCCAUCGCUGUUGUCGUAGUCGCUACUUUGAGCGUCGUGGUUGCAGACACGUCCUCUUCGCGAGCAUAUGCCGAAGAUACCGCCGUGGAUACUAGCGACGAUGAGACGAUCCUGCAGCCCGAUUAA